CUAUAUGACUGGUGUACAUACACAACAUCUACAACAAACACAAAGAAAGAAAGUCAAGGAAAUGUCUAAGAAAUACUUUGCAUAUGGUAGCAAUAUGGCCUUGCGCCGUAUGAAGCAGUUCAUUCCCCAGGCUGAACCGAUUGGACCUGGUCAACUUUUAGACCAUAGUCUAAAAUUCACAGAUCCAUUAGAUGAAGAAUUCAGAAGGCAAUGGGGCGGAGCUCCAGCCAACGUAUAUACUACGGAAGGACAGUCCGUCUGGGGCGUGGUCUAUGAUGUAGCUGAGACGCAAUUCAGCGUAAUGGACAAGCUGGAGCAAGGCUACCAAAGAGUGCUCCUCCCAGUAUUGGUAAAUGAAGUAGUCGAAGAGAUGUGGCUAUAUAAGCUGUUUGAGGAGAGGUUUGAAGACCGAGAACAAGCUGUACCAAAACCUGGCAGACAAUACAUGCGUCUGCUUAUUGAAGGAGCCAGGCAACACGCCUUACCAAGGGAAUAUAUCGAAUUUUUGGGUGCAAUAGAGACAGAGGGCAACGCAGACCUUGGAGACUUCCACCAAAGUCAACACACUUAAAUAUAUAUAUAUAUAUAUAUUAAUAAUUAAAAAUAGUUUGUACAUAUUGUUUUAAUAUCAUUUAAUUCCGUGACUCACCAAAGAUAAAAAAUAUGUAAAUUAUAACUAAUGAAAUUCUUCUAGAACCGGAACUAGACUCCAAGAUGUUGUGCUUAGAAUAUAUUCACAGCCAAAUUGUAACUCAAACAUAAACCUAAUAAAAAUUGUUUUUCUAAAAACAAAGCUGAGUCACACAAUUACUCUCAAUUCUGCAAGAUUUAUCUCCAUUUUCUGUAUUAAAAAUAUUUUAAUUAUCAGUACUUAAUUAACUUAAUGAUUAUAAUGUUUUGCUUCAUUAAACAAUGAAUAAUUGCGCAAAGUCUCAACUUGAUCCGAGAAUGGGAAAUGGGAGAAAUAGCGUGUAUAAGAUUUGUACCAGACAGUCACUUGAUGAUAAAAACAGACCCACACUGUAGGCUACUGUAAUCCUAUCAAAUAAAUCCUGUCCUAUCAGUUGUCUACAAAAAUAUUCAAAGCAUUAAAUUUCCACAGGCCUACAUCACUAUGAAUAGGUCAUUAGAACUGCAUUUAACAUACGUUUCAUUUGACAUGUAAGAUAAUAUAAAGGCCUAUAAAGAUUCUUUUAGGAUUAGUUUUUGUGUGUUAUUAACGUUUUCUUCAAACAAAGUUAAUUUUAAAAACUAUUUCUUUGCAUUUUGAAGACAAAUAGAAUCCAAUGAGUUCAGAGCAACAUGAUAUAACUACAAAUCCAGACAGUAUAAACACUGGUUUUUAACAAUGCCUUAUGAAUAUUGUAUUAGAAAUAGAACAACCAUUAGCCCUUCUAUAAGACCCACUCCUGGCUAUAUUAAAACUCUCGUUCUUUCUGUCACUGUAUUUAGUAAAUGAGAUGUAAGUAGAAAAUGUAAAAAAAAAUUGAAAUUCAUUUGUGAUUCAUUUGGGAAAGAAUUUAUUCAUUCUUAAAUUGUCAACACUAGUCACUUCCUAUUGUGCGGCAGAGAAAGACUGUUAUGUACAUAUUGUUCAUAUUGAUGUCAGUAUCUAUAAUUAGUGUUGACUUGUAGCACCAAACUGCUGGUAGACAACUAAACCGCUGUAGGCGUUUUAUAGUUAGACUUGUGGAACUUGAAUAACUUCUUUUGUGAACCAAAAGUCAAUAGAACUUUGAUGAAAUGUAAUAAAUUGAGUAGACUUUAGUCAUAAUAUAAAAUGGUAUUUUAAACAGAAUCUAACUCACUACACUAACACUUCUUUUCAGUCUCACGUUCUGGAGUUGUCUCUCCUUUCUAAGACUGCUGAUGACAAUGCCAUCUAUCUUGCAUCCUUUUACAACCUCUUCCCACUGUCACCAUAACACACACACAUACACACAUACUCCAUCCAUAACAAUUAUUAACAAAUUAUUGUAUGUUUUUUUUUAAAUUAAAAAUGCUUUGGGAUGACUGCGUUUUGUCAAAUAGUUUUGUUUCAAUGUCAUGCUGUUGAAAAGAAAUAAACAUAAACUCGAUGCAAAGAC